CUCUUUAAGAGGCGACUCACCAACGAGCGGGCGUUCUUGACACUGAGAGAGAGGCACUGUUGACUGGAUAGCUUCAGAAGCAACGUGCUCAAGCGACUUCGACCACCUUGUGGAUAAUUCAUUUCGAUCCCAUUCCUUAUUGGGAAUUCGCUGCUGACCUGUUCGGUUCGUACCUUACAUGCCAAAGCUGGGGGAACAAAUUGGACCUUUUACUUCCACGCGAAGCUUCGCGGUUCUUGCCACGGUCAUCGGUUAUCGGAUGGACCAGCAUCCCAGCGCCCGGAGCUGCACCAGCCGCGGGGCUUCUUCGUCCUGCGAGGCCGCCCCCGCCGAGCCCUCCAUGAACCUGCAAAUCCACUCCACCACCGGCACCCGCUUCGAGCUUUCGCUGCCCCAGGAGGAGACCGUGGACGGGCUGAAGAGGAGGCUGUCGCAGCGGCUCAAAGUACCCAAAGAGAGGCUCGCCCUGCUGCACAAAGAAACCAGACUAAGUUCGGGGAAACUCCAGGAUCUUGGCGUCUCUGAUGGGAGCAAGUUAACACUCGUACCGACCGUCGAAGCAGGAUUAAUGUCUCAAGCGUCAAGACCCGAGCAGUCAGUAAUGCAAGCCUUGGAGAGCUUAACCGAAACUCAGGUCAGCGAUUUCCUGUCUGGCCGCUCCCCCCUCACGCUGGCCCUCCGCGUGGGUGAUCACAUGAUGUUCGUCCAGCUCCAGCUGGCAGCACAGCAGUCGGGAGGUCCGCAGAUCCAGCACAGGCACCUUAUCGCCCGGGGCAACUCGGAUGCCACAAUGGGCCAGCCCGCAGGACAACCUUGUAACCCUCAAGCGCAGUCCCCACUCCCUCAUCAUCCACACAACCCCCACUUGCCUCAGCCGGGCCCCUCCGCAUCCUCUCCCACAAGCGCCUCAACCUUCCCUCUUCCCUCCACACACCACCAGUCCCUGCCCCCCAUGUACCACCAGUCCCCAUCGUCGGUUCCUCAUUGCGGCCCGGCCACCCCUCCUCCACCUCCUUCCCGCUCCCCUCGCACGUCGUCGCAUGUCGCCGGGAGUCUGUUCCGCUCUCCUCCCCAUCAUCUGCGGGACCACCACCACUACCACCAGCCUUCUUCGGGCCAGGCCGGCCACAACCCGGCCAGCCCCGUAGCCCCCGUUUUGUGCCCUGAGGCCAGCUGCAGCACCAACAGCCCCAGUAGUGGCACGAGUUCCUCGGCGCGCUCCCGUAAACCCGGCGCCAUCAUUGAGAGCUUUGUGAACCACGCUCCUGGAGUCUUUUCAGGGACCUUUUCAGGCACUUUGCACCCCAACUGCCAGGACAGCAACGGGCGCCCCCGGCGAGAUAUAGGUACCAUCCUUCAGAUUCUCAACGACCUCCUGAGCGCCACGCGCCACUACCAGGGCAUGCCGCCGUCCCUCACCCAACUCCGCUACCAAACCCAGUGCGGCACGCCCGGCUCGCCGUCCCCGUCGCCGCCUCCCUCGCCCCCGGUGGUCGGCGCCACGGGACUCUCAGCCAAAGCUACCUCGGUGCCCGCCGUCAACCCUAGCGUCCCUCCGCCGACCCUUCAUCCGCUGGUGCAGUGCCAGAGCCAGAUCCGCAUGUGCAAGCCCCCUGGCGACCGAGUCCGGCAGACGGAGAACCGCGCCACCCGCUGCAAAGUGGAGCGUCUGCAGCUACUGAUGCAGCAGAAGCGCCUGCGCCGCAAGGCCCGGCGGGACCAGCGCGGCCCCUAUCACUGGCUGCCCAACCGCAAGGCGGGCCGCAGCAACAGCAACAGCAGCAUGUCCAGCGAGGGCUCCCUGGACCUGGACUUUGACGACUCCGUCUGGAAGCCCGACGUCAAGGCCGACUUGAAGUCCGAGUUUGUUAUGGCCUGAGAGGAAGAAGCGUGCUCAGAGCAAAGUUUAGGGGGAAUUGCUAGGAAAGACCCCCCCCCCCCCUUUUCCCCUCCUGGCAGACUUCAAUCCCAGCAUCCUUCACAGCAAGAGGACUUUGUCUGCUGCUUGGAUUUGGACUCAAGAAGAAACCUUGAAUUUGAGCUUAGAAGAAUUCCGUGGGUGGUGGUGGUAUUUUUGGACUUUCUCAUGCGUGCGCGCUCUGUACACUGACUACGAGCUCCAAGUGGACUUCCCAAUAGGACACAAGCACCAGAUGCCUCAGUGUGUACCCCCCCCCCCUCCCCCCUCCCCAAAAUGGCAACACUGCCAGACUCUUUGGAAUAUUGCGACGGGCAUUCUUUACUGAUCUCCAAACUCACUCGAGCAGUCCGCUUCUGACCUGUUACAGGCUGGUUCAAUGUCUUGUUUUGUUUGUUUGUUUUUUAAACAUACUAUUUUAUAAAGCAGAAAAGAAAAUGUAGCAUUGUUCACAAAGCAUUCAGGUUUUCAUAGAACAGUUCAAAACGUUGAUUUGCACAGAAUCUUGAUUUCUAACUCGUGUGCAGAAAUAAUAUGGAAGUAUUGAUAUCAACCUCAGCGAUCAGAGAGAUAAAAGGACGAACAGAAAGUGCUUUAGUUGGGGGAUUUUAAAAUCCUUAAAUAAAAAAAAAAAGCUAAUUAUGACAUUUAAUAAUAAUUAAAAAAAAUCUAUUUUUUAUUUCUAUUCCUCUCGCUGUUUUCCAAAAGCAGCGGCCCUUUGUGGCUUUGUGGUUGGGUACCAAUAAAUAUCCAUUCAGUCGUUCAUUCAGAAGUUUGUUCAUAACGGUCCAACGACACGCGACUCGCAACCCAAGUGGACCGUGUACAUAAAUGUGGCCAUUGGGAAAGAUUUUUUUUUUUUUUUAAGAGUGUAUGUUGCCCCCCCCCCCCCCAUAUUUGUUAUCUUCCCCCAAGUUUUCACUAAUUACCCCUUACAACCAUUUAAAGUCAUCCUAGCAAUUUUUUUUAUUGGCAAAAUGUGAUAAAUGUGUUAACUUAGUGCCUCCACCGGAACAUCCAUGAACAUAUCAGUUUUGCUGCUACACAAAAAAAAAAAAAGUGUCAGGCAGAGUUUUCUUUGCAUGCGGAUGGCGUGACGAUGAAAUGGAAAAAGAAGAGCAGAGGUGGAGGUUCACAUGCAUGAAUUUCUGGGGAAAAAAAAAAACCUGCUGCUUUUGUUCAAGUUUUUUGUCAUUUUUACUCGUGUAUUUGGGGGAGACGGGGGAGAAGAAAAAAAAAGACACGUGAAAGUAUUACCAACAAAUCAAAACAGAUGAAGUUAAGUCCCCCCCACUGAACAUUCCUGUUAUGUGACAAUGAAGUUGGAGCCCCCCCCACCUAAAAACUUUGAAGCUCCCCUCUCACGCCAGGACACCAUGGAUCACAUCCGGACGCACUCGCGGAGACUCGAGGAACUUUGAAUUAUCGAGCGCCCCGCCACGAUUGCACUCCCAAAAGAUUGCAGUGAGAGAUUACCAUUUUGUGUGUGUGUGUGUGUGUGGGGAGGGGGGGGGGGACCUCAUCUUUUUGUUAAGUGGCCUUACCUUUCACUAAGAAAUUGGGGACAAUGGGGACGGGAAUGUUUCUAUUUUUUUUUUUCCUCCCAACUUUAUCGCUAUGUCAUCAAGGCACCACUUUUGCACUGCCUGUAAAAACCCACAUUUGUCCGCCUUCAUUCAGCAUUUUUUUUUGGUAAAUGGCUUGGAAUGGGGAUAACAAGUCGGACCCGGAAUUUUCCACUUUUGGAUGAAGUGUCAGAAGCUCCAAAAGUAUUAGGAUGGCGUAGCCCGAUUUACACUGCAUGUAAAAACUGGUAUUUUGUGUAUUAUCAUCACCAACAUGGAAUGUGGGGACAAAGUCAAUUAAGUGAAAUUUCAGUUUUCGAAGCGUCAUUUUCCCACCCAUUUUCUACUGCAUGUAAAAAUUUCCUGACUCCUGAAAUCGUACCCGAUCAGUGUGGUUCAUUGCCUUGGCUGGGCUCCGUGUAAAAGGCAACGGCGGAUAAAUGCCGGGUCAUUUUGCAGGAUCUGCGUGAAAGAGGCCACGGAGCUUUUUGUUAUGUGUUUUCUAGCAGGUGGAGUCUCUAUUAUGUCAAGGCUUCUGUGCCUUAAAAUGUUGCCCUUGCAGUGUCAAUGAAAUAUUUUUUUCGUUUUGUCAUCCUCACGUCCCUGAAAACAAAAGAGGCUAAAUUUGAAACUGUUCCUACGCUUAUGACUUGGCACAAAAGAGCCAGAAAGGUCCUGUAAGGACCACAUGCACUUCUUUUCUCCUUGGAUCCAACAUUACCAAAAGGACAGUUUAUCCACCCGUCCCCUCGCCCACCUCCCUUCCGGUCAAAUUCUAUUUAUUUUCCUUUUGUAUAUGUAUGAACUAUACUCUGUGUGUGCCUCACUUCUGUGUGAAAUUGAAAAAGAUGACAAAUGAUGAUAGAGCAUUACAGAGGGAUACAAAAAAAAAAAACAUGACGUCAAUGAAAUUCCUGAUCGCGACAGUUUCAGUUGCCUGUUCUUACUUGUAGCCAACGAUUGAAAUUGAACCAGAUUCAAAAAUACAAUUUACAAUGUUCUAGCUCUAGACCAGUGUAGCACAUGUGUGACUGUAUUAAUUUAUGAAACCAAAAUGGUAACUGUGAAUUACGUAUUUCUUUGUGCAUUUUUUAAGUGGGGGGGAAAACAAGGCUGCAGCUCUUGCUCGUGUCUGGAUUUUUUUUUUUUUUGGUGGAAAUAUAAUGGAAACAAACCACGUUUCUCAAAAAAAAAAA